UCAUUUUAUUUUUAUACCAAAUCUAAAACGCAAUGACACCCAAAGACAAAGGGGACAGAAAAGUUUUGAAGGGCGCUGUUGCUGGGGGAAUCACUGGUGGCCUAGAUGUCCUUUUUAAUUAUCCGAUAGAUUUCGUUAAGACACAGCUGCAGAUGGAUCGUUAUGAAAAGAAAUACGAUAGUACCAUAGAUUGUAUAAGGAAAACAAUCAAACGGCAUGGAUUCUUUGGACUAUAUCGCGGCAUGAGCAUUUUGCUUUUAGGCAGCGUUGCGAAAGUUGCAUCUAGAUUUGGUGCAUAUGAAUUUUAUACCCAUAAAUUUAAAGAGGAGGAUGGUAGCAUUACCAUGUUAAAUACUUUUAUGUCUGGAUUAUUGGCUGGCGCAACGGAAGCCGUGGUGGCUGUUACUCCGCUGGAAACAAUCAAGUUAAAGAUUAUUAACGAUAUGCAUAGGGCUCGGCCUCGCUAUAAUGGUUUGCUCCAUGGCGUAUGGUAUAUUCUAAAGCGGGAAGGCAUUCGUGGCAUUUACCGAGGGGUGUCAGCAACAGUUUUAAAGCAGGGCACCAAUCAAGCCAUUCGCUUUUUCCUGAUGGUCACACAGAAGGAUUUGUACGCUGGCUCCGACUCAACUGUGAUUGUACCCAUGCCAUUAGUUGGCAUCUUUGGUGUUAUAUCAGGUGCCGCCACAGUUCUCAAAAACACACCCAUGGAUGUGAUCAAGACACGUAUGCAGGGCUUUAAGUCUCAUAAACACAAGAACACAAUGGAUUGUGCUGCCGAGAUAUUGCGCGAAGAGGGUCCUGGGGCACUUUUUAAGGGCUCGGUUAUCCGGAUGGCCCGAGUGUGCAUAGACGUAGCCCUCACAUUUAUGAUCUAUGAGAGUCUUAUGGAAUAUGUGUUUGCCAACCUGUGGUUAUAAUUCAUGUGUAUUUCAUGCAGUUAACAAAUUUUAAAAGUAAUAAUACAAAUCGAACUAUA